GAAACCAACUGAUUAAGCGAAGAGAAACGAUCUAGGGCCUUUAUGACAAGCAGUGUCCACGUGUGACAAGUAAGCUAUUUUUUACGCAUUCACGCGCUGCGGUGAAACUCAGAGGAAACUUCUAUUGCUGCUCAAACUCAUAUCGAGAAAGGAGUUUGGACGUACGAUUUUCACUUUGGACUGUUUGACUGCGGGUGAAGGUAUUAAAAAAGAUACAAUAUCACCGGAAAUCAAACUGUUUUACCUCCACAAUAUAACCCAGCUGAAGCACACACGGACGCGGACUAAGCUGCUGCUGGAUGAUGGCGUUAGCGGGGCUACUGGUGCUGGAAUGGGGUCUCUACAUCACCUGUUUUGUCUGUGGGAUUGUUACCGCAGCGUCUGUCACCAUCGUCCAGGGUAAUUUCGGAGGUCGCUGUAUGCUGUACGGAGCGGUCAGCUACAAUGCCACGUCCAAGCUCAUCGGAGUCCAGUCGUCCACAUCCUCCUCUUUGUGUUACUUUGUGUCGGCCAUAUCAAUCAUGGUGGCAGUGGUGUGUUUCUCUCUGUCUGUGUACUGGGUGUACACUUUCUGCAGCGAAGGGGAACUCAAAAGGGAGAAUGUGUGGAUGAACGUGAUUAUUGCCAUCUCUGGCGUUUUCCUGUUCUUCCUGCUCGUCACGGGCUGCAUGUUGAAGAUCGGGCGCGACACGCUCUGCUCGUCUGUCACGAAAAACGUUCCCAACACUACCAGUUGUGAAAAAGCCCAGUCUGAAAAAUGGGCCAGCCCACUUGAUGGAGAGAGGUUCUACAGCAGUCUACACAAAGCUGAGACGGCUGUGUGGAUCAACUUCUUCUUCUGGGUCAUCAUCGGGGUUUUGGUGAUCAUCCAGAGGCGUCGGGGCUCAGGGUCCAAGCUGAUUGGAGCCGCACCAACUGGAAGCCUUUUCGGGGAGACGGGUGUGACGCCCGAAGAGACUGAGCCAUUUUUCAACCGUCCUGGAAGGCCUCAGUGAGAACGGGUGUGAGCGAGGGGUUAUAAAAGCACAUAGUGGGAGCAGGUGUGGAAAAAGGUUAAAUGAAGUGUUUUAAGGAUUUCAGUGAACAGCAUUUUGAGAAUACACGUGGAAGGUUUUACAGAUAUUAGUUUUUGGGAUUAACAGUAUGUAUAAAGCACCACAAAACCAAAACUCCACUCGACGAGGAUGGGAUUCGAACCCAUGCGUGCAGAGCACAAUGGAUUAGCAGUCCAUCGCCUUAACCACUCGGCCACCUCGUCACCUGAACGCACAAGCAUGCAGAGCCUCUCUGUGUGUGUCAGGACACACUGGAAACACUGAAGCGCUGUCAGGCGCUGUUACUGAAUUUACCCAUUUCCCACAUCUCACCCACCGCGUCACAUCUAAGUCUGUGGACUCCACAGAAACGUAUCUGUUUUUUAUUCAGAGCGAGCUUCUGUUGGGUUUGUUUACACAGCCAACGAACGGGAGGGUGUUUGAUUCUAUAAUUUAACUGUGCUCAGAUGUACUUUUGACAAGUAAGACUAGGAAUUUUCUACAUAAUACACUUUUUUUUGGUACUAAUUUCACAAAAUCUGAAUCUGCCAUAGACAUUUUUAACACAUUUUAUUUUUGUUGACUGUAAAAUCCUAAAACACUGCAUUGUCUUCAAGUUUAAGGUGUCAACACGUGGCUUUAAAGAUCGCUUAGUUAUUGAUCUGUGUGGUGAUUAUGUCAUUAGAAACUAAAAGAAAUAAAUAAAAAAAAACCAGGAA